GGGUAUUAAGCAAUAGGUGGCGCUUUAGCAUCCGGUUUUCAUCAGCGUGAAAAUUUGGUUGGAGUUUGACAAGGAAAGCGAUUGUCAAUGGCGACACAAAAAUUGUUUUCUCCGACUGGAGCUGCCGCUAUAAGUGCGUACAGAGAUCAACAUUUCAAGGGUAAUCGAGUAGAUCAGGAAAGACUGCUAAUCCAGAGCUCUACUCUGUAUGUGGGAAAUCUUUCUUUUUACACGACAGAGGAACAGAUACAUGAACUUUUUUCCAAAUGUGGAGAUGUCAAGAGGAUAAUUAUGGGACUUGAUAAAGUACAAAAAACUCCAUGUGGAUUCUGUUUUUUAGAAUAUUACUUACGUGAGGAUGCUGCUAACGCCCUAAGGUAUGUCAAUGGCACACGACUGGAUGACCGCAUUGUGAGGACAGAUUGGGAUGCAGGGUUCAAAGAGGGUCGACAGUAUGGGAGGGGAAAAAGUGGAGGACAGGUGCGAGACGAAUACAGAACCGACUUUGACGAAGGACGAGGUGGCUACGGAAAGAUUGUAGCUGGACGCAUACGCCUAAAACCAGACCACUCAAAAUUGGAAUACAUGAGCUAACCGGAUUUAACUUGCACACAUCAUCAGACUGACUGACUGUGAAGGACUUCCAACAAUUCUGCGGUAUUAAGAAGAAACAUGUGCAUAUACAUAUAUGCAUACUGAACUGGACAUAUUAAGCUUGAGAUGUUAAGUCUCCUCACUAAACUUAAAUUUCAACUCAUUUACAUACUGUCAACAGAUGUUGCUAGAAUUUUAACUCUUUAAUUUGUAUCAAAAUAUCUCGCACAUACUCAUUGUACAUUUUCAGAUCAUUUUACACAGUAGUUGCCAUUUAUUGAUGAUGUUGCUUUAUUUUAUGAUAGUGUCCUGUGAAUGUGAAAGUUUGUGCAAAUGUUUUUACAUGGUUGAGUGAUUUAGAAUGGAAAUGGAAUAAAAGUUGAAUUUUG